CUGCGGUCGGAGCCUCGUGAUAUGCGGAGGCUCUACCAGUUCGCUCGACGGCUCUCCAUUUCACUCGAUAUAUAACCCAUCGUCUUCCCGUUCACGUUGACCUCUACCUUACAAACAAACGGGGAAUGAGGAGAUUUCUACGUCGUGCGGCUGACAACUUUUACCAGAGCCGAAUUUUCUCCACAUUUGUGUGUUUUUCAUCUCUUCUCGUCGUUUGGCGAUAAAUGGUGAAGACUUGAUGACACAACAAGAGGACCAGUGACUGUCCGUUUAUUUCUUUCCUGCUACCGGCGGAUGCGUCCCCAGUUGGGGCUGUGACCGGGUGUUGCGUGGAUAGGGUCGUGGGGCAUCAUGGCAGACGUGGAUCCGGACACAUUGCUGGAGUGGCUGCAGAUGGGACAGGGGGAUGAGCGGGAUAUGCAGCUCAUCGCCCUGGAGCAGCUGUGCAUGCUUUUGCUCAUGUCCGACAACGUCGACCGCUGCUUCGAAACGUGUCCUCCACGGACAUUUCUUCCAGCUCUGUGUAAGAUCUUUUUGGAUGAGAGUGCACCAGAUAAUGUGCUGGAAGUGACAGCCAGAGCUAUCACCUACUACCUGGAUGUGUCUGCCGAAUGCACCCGCAGGAUUGUGGGAGUAGACGGAGCCAUCAAGGCCCUUUGUAACCGGCUGGUGGUGGUGGAGCUCAACAACAGAACCAGCAGAGAUCUGGCUGAACAGUGUGUAAAGGUUCUGGAGCUGAUCUGCACUCGGGAGUCUGGAGCAGUAUUUGAAGCCGGGGGACUGAACUGUGUGCUGAGCUUCAUUCGGGACAGUGGUCAUCUAGUGCACAAAGACACUUUGCACUCCGCCAUGGCAGUAGUUUCUCGGCUGUGCAGUAAGAUGGAGCCACAGGACUGUUCUCUCGAGACAUGCGUGGAGUCCCUCUCUAGUCUGCUGAAACACGAAGACCACCAGGUGUCUGACGGAGCGCUGCGCUGCUUUGCCUCACUGGCAGACAGGUUCACACGGCGUGGAGUUGACCCAGCUCCUCUAGCCAAGCACGGACUUACAGAAGAGCUGCUGUCCCGUAUGGCAGCAGCAGGAGGAACGGCAUCUGGACCCUCCUCCACCUGCAAACCUGGCAGAACCUCCAGCGGAGCGGCUCCAUCUGCUGCCGACUCUAAACUGAGCAACCAAGUGUCCACCAUCGUCAGCCUUCUGUCCACACUCUGCAGAGGCUCGCCACUUGUCACACACGAUCUUCUGCGCUCCGAGCUGCCUGACUCUAUGGAGAGCGCCCUGCAGGGGGAUGAGCGUUGCGUGUUGGACACCAUGCGGCUGGUGGAUUUACUGUUGGUGCUACUCUUUGAGGGCCGCAAGGCUUUGCCCAAAUCGACAGCCGGCUCCACUGGCCGUAUCCCAGGUCUGCGACGUCUCGACAGCUCUGGAGAACGUUCCCACCGACAGCUUAUUGACUGUAUACGCAGCAAAGACACGGACGCUCUCAUUGAUGCCAUCGACACCGGUGCAUUUGAAGUGAAUUUCAUGGAUGAUGUGGGUCAGACACUUUUGAACUGGGCCUCUGCAUUCGGCACACAAGAGAUGGUGGAGUUUCUCUGCGAGAGAGGUGCUGAUGUCAACCGAGGUCAGAGGUCAUCCUCACUGCACUAUGCUGCCUGUUUUGGCAGACCACAAGUAGCCAAGACUUUACUGCGCCAUGGGGCCAACCCUGACCUCAGAGAUGAAGAUGGGAAAACUCCAUUGGACAAGGCUAGAGAGAGGGGUCACAGCGAGGUUGUAGCAAUUCUUCAGUCUCCCGGAGACUGGAUGUGCCCUGUCAACAAAGGAGAUGACAAGAAAAAGAAGGAUGUAAAUAAAGAAGAGGAGGAGGGCAGUGAGCCGAAAGGUGACCCUGAGAUGGCGCCUAUCUACCUGAAAAGGCUACUUCCAGUAUUUGCACAGACCUUUCAGCAAACCAUGCUGCCUUCAAUAAGGAAAGCUAGUUUAGCUCUGAUCAGGAAGAUGGUGCACUACAGUUCUGAAGUUCUCCUCAAGGAGGUGUGCGACUCUGAUGCUGGACACAACUUGCCCACUGUACUCGUUGAGAUCACUGCGACCGUGUUGGAUCAGGAGGAUGAUGAUGACGGUCACCUGCUGGCACUACAGAUCAUUAGGGAUCUGGUGGAUAAGGGAGGUGACGUGUUUUUAGACCAGCUGGCCAGGCUGGGUGUCAUUAAUAAGGUUUCCACUCUGGCAGGACCCACGUCAGAUGAUGAAAACGAAGAGGAGGCCAAGCCUGAGAAGGAUGAUGAACCACAAGAAGAUGCCAAAGAGAUCCAGCAGGGGAAACCCUACCACUGGAGAGACUGGUCUAUCAUUAGAGGCAGGGACUGUCUUUAUAUCUGGAGCGAUGCUGCUGCGUUGGAGCUCUCCAAUGGCAGCAAUGGUUGGUUCCGCUUCAUUUUGGAUGGUAAACUGGCCACUAUGUACUCUAGUGGAAGCCCUGAGGGAGGAUCUGACAGCUCUGAGAGCAGAAGUGAGUUUCUGGAGAAGCUGCAGCGUGCUAGGAGUCAGGUCAAACCAGUGACGGCCAGCCAGCCCAUCCUGUCCACACAAGGUCCCACCAAACUCACCGUGGGCAACUGGUCUCUUACUUGCCUGAAAGAGGGUGAGAUUGCCAUCCACAACUCGGAUGGACAGCAGGCCACCAUCCUCAAGGAAGACCUGCCAGGCUUUGUGUUUGAAUCAAACAGAGGCACUAAACACUCUUUUACUGCAGAAACGUCUCUAGGUUCUGAGUUUGUUACUGGCUGGACUGGUAAACGAGGAAGAAAGCUGAAGUCCAAAUUGGAAAAAACGAAACAGAAGGUCAAAACCAUGGCCAGAGAUCUAUAUGAUGAUCACUUCAAGGCUGUGGAGAGCAUGCCCAGAGGCGUCGUGGUCACGCUGAGAAACAUUGCCACACAGCUGGAGUCUGCUUGGGAGCUGCAUACUAACAGACAGUGCAUUGAGGGCGAAAACACGUGGCGAGACCUAAUGAAAACUGCUCUUGAAAAUUUAAUAGUUGUUCUUAAGGAUGAGAACACAAUUUCUCCCUAUGAAAUGUGCAGCAGUGGCCUUGUGCAAGCAUUGUUUACUGUCCUCAGCAAUAGUGUGGAACUGGACCUUAAACAUGACUGCAAGCCUUUGAUGGAAAGAAUAAAUGUGUUCAAGACUGCGUUUACUGAAAAUGAAGACGAUGAAAGCCGACCUGCAGUUGCCUUAAUUCGCAAACUGUUAGCAGUGUUAGAAUCGAUAGAGCGGCUACCUCUCCACUUGUACGACACACCAGGCUCAACGUACAAUUUACAGAUUCUGACUAGAAGGUUACGUUUCCGUCUGGAGCGCGCUCCUGGUGAAACAGCCCUGAUCGAUCGCACCGGCCGAAUGCUCAAAAUGGAGCCGCUUGCUACGGUUGAAUCACUGGAGCAGUAUCUUCUCAAAAUGGUGGCCAAGCAGUGGUAUGACUUUGACAGGUCCUCAUUCAUCUUUGUUAGGAAGCUCCGGGAGGGCCAGAGCUUCACCUUCAGACACCAGCAUGACUUUGAUGAGAAUGGGAUCGUGUACUGGAUCGGCACCAACGCCAAAACUGCGUAUGAAUGGGUAAACCCCGCAGCUUAUGGAUUAGUCGUGGUGACCUCCUCAGAGGGCAGGAACUUGCCUUACGGCCGACUCGAAGACAUCCUGAGCAGAGACAGCUCUGCUCUCAACUGCCACACGAAUGACGAUAAAAACGCCUGGUUUGCGAUUGACCUUGGUCUAUGGGUCAUUCCCUCGGCUUACACUCUCCGUCACGCCCGUGGAUAUGGCCGCUCCGCCCUCCGCAACUGGGUGUUUCAAGUGUCCAAAGACGGUCAAAACUGGAUGACGCUCUACACACACGUGGAUGACUGCUCUCUUAAUGAACCAGGGUCGACAGCCACGUGGCCGCUGGAUCCAUCCAAAGAUGAAAAGCAGGGCUGGAGGCACAUUCGCAUUAAACAGAUGGGGAAGAAUGCCAGCGGUCAAACGCACUACCUCUCGCUGUCUGGUCUGGAGAUCUACGGCACUGUUACUGGUGUGUGUGAGGACCAGCUGGGUAAAGCAGUGAAGGAGGCCGAGGCUAACCUGAGACGCCAGCGGAGACUGUUUCGCAAUCAGGUGAUGAAGUACAUCGUUCCAGGGGCGCGGGUGGUGCGCGGAAUCGACUGGAAGUGGCGGGAUCAGGAUGGUAAUCCCGCAGGAGAGGGCACUGUGACUGGAGAGGCCCACAAUGUUUGCUAUUUUGAAGUGCAACCUUUAUCCCUCCCCCCCAACUUAACAGGCUGGAUUGAUGUCACCUGGGAUGCCGGUGGCUCAAACUCGUAUCGUAUGGGUGCGGAAGGGAAGUUUGACCUCAAGCUUGCACCAGGGUACGACCCUGAAUCAGCGCCGUCACCCAAACCUGUCUCAUCCACUGUUGCAGGCACGCCGCAGUCUUGGAGCAGCCUGGUGAAAAAUAACUGUCCAGACAAGGGCGGCUCGUCCUCCACAGCGGGGGCCAGUUCCUCCAGUCGCAAGGGUAGUAGCAGUUCGGUGUGUAGCGUGGCCAGCAGCAGUGAUAUUAGCCUCAGCUCCACCCGAGUGGAGCGCAGGGUCGAAAGCCUGUUGGAGCAGGGGGUGGGGAUCGUCGCAGGACCCCCUGGGGCGGAAGGACAAGAACCAAUUGUCGUGCUUUCCUCGGCAGAGGCUGGCUCCGCCUCCAGCACCAGCACGUUAACAGCGGAUACAGGAAGUGAAAGCGGCGAUCGCAUAACACCAGCACCCGAUGGCACUUUGAGACAGUCGGCUGAGUCUACAGCCAUCUCUAUGGGAAUCGUGAGCAUCAGCUCGCCCGAUGUCAGUUCGGUUUCAGAGUCGUCCAGUAAGGACGGCGCAUCCCAGAGGCCGUUGUGUUCAGCCACUAGCGCGCGGCUGUCCGUCAGCUCUCUUUUGGCAGCUGGAGCACCUAUGAGCUCCAGCGCCAGUGUCCCUAACUUGUCCUCUCGUGAAGCAAGUCUGAUGGAGUCGUUUGUUCGCCGAGCGCCCAAUAUGUCUCGCACCAAUGCCACCAACAAUAUGAACCUGAGCCGAAGCAGCAGCGACAACAACACUAACACGCUGGGACGUAACGUCAUGAGCACUGCCACUUCUCCUCUCAUGGGUGCGCAGAGCUUUCCUAACCUUACAUCCACUGGUACCACUUCAACUGUUACAAUGUCAACCUCCAUAGUAACCAGCAGCAAUAAUGUAGCCACGGCAACUACAGGUUUGUCCGUCGGCCAGUUGCUCAGUAACACGCUGACGACCAGCUUGACCUCUACAUCUAGCGAGAGUGACACAGGUCAGGAGGCUGAGUUUUCACUCUAUGACUUCCUGGACAGUUGUCGGGCCAACACGCUGCUUGCAGAGUUGGAUGAUGAGGAAGACCUGCCAGAGCCGGAUGACGACGACGAUGAGAAUGAGGAUGACAAUCAGGAAGAACAGGAGUAUGAGGAAGUUCUGGUACGGUCCAGGGUCAACCUUGGUUACCACGUUCAUAUUCAUAGGGAGGAAGAGGAGUACGAAACCAAAGGGGGUCGACGCAGAACCUGGGACGAUGACUUUGUGCUGAAGCGACAGUUUUCUGCUCUAGUACCUGCAUUUGACCCCAGACCAGGCCGGACUAACGUCCAGCAAACUACUGACUUGGAUAUCCCUCCACCAGGUACACCUCGUUCUGAGGUACAGGAGGAGGUGGAGUGCACACCGUCCCCCCGUCUGGCUCUCAUCCUGAAAGUAGCAGGGCUGGGAACUACUCGAGAAGUUGAACUACCUCUCACUAACUACAAGUCCACCAUCUUCUAUUAUGUCCAAAAACUUCUGCAGCUCUCGUGCAAUGGUGCUAUCAAACCUGACAAGCUUAGACGCAUCUGGGAGCCUACAUACACAAUAAUGUACAGAGAAUUGAAGGACUCUGACAAAGAAAGAGAGAGCGGAAAGAUGGGUUGCUGGUCUGUAGAGCAUGUGGAACAGUACCUUGGCACAGAUGAAUUACCAAAGAAUGACUUGAUAACCUACAUGCAGAAGAAUGCAGACUCAACUUUCCUGCGCCACUGGAAAUUAACCGGCUCUAAUAAAAGUAUUAGGAAAAACAGAAAUUGUUCGCAGCUCAUAGCUGCAUACAAGGACUUCUGCGAGCGUGGCUGCAGAUCUUCAGGCCUGAACUCAGGAACGCUGUCCGCCACGCAGAGCUGUGACAUCCUGAGCGCUGCGCGGGAGCAGGCUCAAGCAAAAGCGGGCUCGGGCCAGAGUGCCUGCAGCGUGGAGGAUGUGCUGCAGCUCCUACGCAUCCUCUUCACCAUCGGAGGAGAACCUUCGUCCGGACGCACACUACAAGAAGAAAUCGAAGAGCUACAGUUCAAUGCAUCACCUGAAGAAUUCACCAGCAAAAAAAUUACAACCAAAAUCCUGCAACAGAUCGAGGAGCCACUGGCCCUGGCUAGUGGGGCUCUCCCAGACUGGUGUGAGCAUUUGACCAGCAAGUGUCCUUUCCUCAUCCCCUUUGAAACACGGCAGCUUUACUUUACCUGCACUGCGUUUGGAGCCUCCAGGGCUAUAGUCUGGCUCCAGAACCGAAGAGAAGCCACUAUGGAGCGUUCCCGGCCAUCCACCACUGUGCGUCGUGAUGAUCCCGGGGAGUUUCGUGUGGGCAGGCUCAAACACGAGCGUGUCAAGGUGCCUCGUGGAGAGAGCAUGAUGGAGUGGGCUGAGAGCGUGAUGCAGAUCCACGCUGACAGAAAGUCUGUGCUAGAGGUUGAGUUUCAGGGGGAGGAGGGCACUGGUCUUGGUCCCACCCUGGAGUUUUACGCACUGGUGGCUGCAGAGUUCCAGAGGACCUCACUUGGUAUUUGGCUUUGUGACGACGACUUCCCAGAUGAUGAGUCACGUCAGGUGGAUCUGGGCGGUGGCUUAAAACCACCCGGCUUCUACGUUCAACGUUCCUGCGGUCUUUUCCCCGCUCCCUUUCCCCAAGACAGCGAUGAACUUGAGCGCAUCACUAAGCUUUUCCUGUUUCUUGGCAUCUUUCUGGCCAAAUGCAUCCAGGAUAACAGGCUUGUGGACCUGCCCGUCUCCCAACCCUUCUUCAAGUUGCUCUGUAUGGGCGACAUCAAAAGCAACAUGAGUAAGCUCCUUUACCAAACCCGUAUCGAGUCGGAUUGCCACUUCUCCGAGAUUCAAUCGGAGGCCUCCACCGAGGAGGGUCAGGACACGUAUUCUGUGGGUAGCUUUGAUGAAGACUCCAAGUCUGAGUUUAUCCUUGACCCACCCAAGCCUAAGCCACCAGCUUGGUAUCACGGCAUCCUGACCUGGGAGGACUUUGAAUUGGUAAACCCCCAUAGAGCACAGUUUCUGAAAGAGCUGAAGGCACUGUCUGUAAAGAGAAGGCAGAUCCUGAGCAAUAAAAGCCUGUCUGAAGAUGAAAAGAACACACGGCUACAAGAUCUCAUGUUGAAGAACCCUAUGGGUUCUGGCCCACCACUUAGUGUAGAAGAUCUAGGAUUAAAUUUCCAGUUCUGCCCAUCGUCCAAAGUACAUGGCUUCUCAACAGUGGACCUGAAGCCCAAUGGAGAGGAUGAGAUGGUCACUAUGGACAAUGCAGAGGAGUAUGUAGAGCUCAUGUUUGAUUUCUGCAUGCACACUGGAAUCCAGAAACAAAUGGAGGCCUUCAGAGAGGGCUUUAAUAGAGUGUUCCCUAUGGAGAAGCUUAGUUCAUUUAGUCAUAAAGAAGUGCAGAUGAUCCUUUGUGGCAACCAGUCUCCAUCCUGGACUGCUGAGGAUAUUGUUAACUACACAGAACCCAAACUGGGCUUCACACGUGACAGUCCUGGUUUCAUGCGCUUUGUGCGAGUGCUGUGUGGAAUGUCAUCUGAUGAGAGGAAAGCCUUCCUUCAAUUCACUACAGGCUGCUCAACUCUGCCCCCUGGUGGACUAGCCAACCUGCACCCACGUCUCACAAUAGUCCGAAAGGUUGAUGCAACAGAUGCCAGCUAUCCUUCUGUUAACACAUGUGUGCACUACUUGAAGUUGCCAGAGUAUUCCUCCGAAGAGAUCAUGAGAGAGCGCCUCCUUGCUGCCACUAUGGAGAAGGGCUUCCAUCUCAACUGAGCAUGCUCUCCCCGCAUUUUUGACCAACUCCCAUACCGGUGACGCCUGUUGUGUUUUGUUGCAGAAAAUAAAAGCUGUGCUUUGAUGAAAUGCCAUCCCCCUUAUCGCCCAAGCACCCCACAUGUACCCCAAAACAGGAAAAAAUGUCCCAUCGCAGCUCCACUAGCUACUGAAACAAACUAGGGCCUUGACCUCUCCUUUUUCACUUGACUGCUCUACAAGGCCUUUCCUAGGUCAAUGUACUGCUUUAAGGGCUUGAGCCACUGGCAGCCAGGGUAGUCUCACCUCAUUCAACUGUGUUUACUGUCAUUCUCCAGGUUCAGUGUAAAUUUUGGCAUGAAUCACCUUUUUCUGAUCCAGACAGCACCAUCUCCAGCAUCAGACCACAGUCUCUCUGCACGAGGGGGACAUAAGCACACCUGCUUCUGUAGAGCUAACUUCUAGAGUGUAUGGGCAUUUCCUUAACAGGUUUAAGUUUUACUAGUGCCUGCGUUGAAAUAUUGGGAUUUUUUCUUUCAUUUGUUUUACUUAAUCUGUCUGCAUACAAUCAUGCACAUGCUUUUGUUUCUGGGUAUUUUUUUCCGUUUUUGCUUCCGUUACUGUGUAUGUUUUCAACCGUUUCUUGCCCUGCUUAAGGAUUGAAGUUCCCGAGUGCAUUUGUGUAAUUUUACAAUAAAGCUAGAGAUACAGAAGCACCGGUUCUGUGUGCAAGGCACAUUAAAAAAAAAAAAAGCAAAAAA